AUGCUUGAGGUCCCGCGCAUCGGUGGGACGGACUAUAAGGCGGAGACGGGAUACUACAUCAAGGAGCGCCAAGAUCCCACUUUCUUCCCUGGUCGGGCGGCGACGAUCUACUACCGUGCGCCGCCGCAAGAGAAGGGCGCGCUGUCGGGCAUCAAGCGUGAUCUGAAGGCUGUGCUCGGUGCGCCCGGGGACCUGGAGAUUGGUGUCCUGGGCAUCCUGCACCCCAGUGUGCUGGAGAAAUUCGAGAUCGGGUACCCGUGCUCUGCCCUAGAAUUCUCUCUGGAGCCCUUCAAGAAGGAGAUGCAAGCGAUAUGGAGCGACUGA